AUGCCAUUGGACAAUGAUGUGGAGAAUGGCACGGAUCACGGCAGAAGGCGAUCCUUCCAAGGCACUGAAGACUUCUUUCGUAUGCUCUAUAACGCAGCCUUCAACGACGUAAUGAAAGAAGAGAAAAUUUGUCCCUUGUUUACCGAGGACGGAUUUCGCGGUGUGCCUACAGUCCGCAUCCGAACCUUGCAGCAUAUGACGAUCAUACAUCUUAAGCGGAAGUUAGCUAUACUGGCGGAAGAUAUCAUGAGUUCGAAGACCACGACAGAGGCAAAAAUGGAUCGCGUACAGGAGACGCUUAAAGACUAUGUCACUGCACUGCGUGACCUCAAAUACAUGCUCGAAAUGCCUAGCAAGGAUCCGAAAGUCGCCAAAUCCCUACAAGACCUGCUCUAUCUAAACGCCUACGAUCCCAGCGAUCUCGCAAUUAUGGUGGACGCAAACCUCGUCAAGGAAUUGCCCCAGAAGCCACGGCUUCACGUUUCGGACUACAUGGGUGAGGGUGGUCGUAAUUAUAGAGAAGAUACAAAGCAGCGUUUGAUCGAAGAGUUGUUGAACAGGGUAAGGAUGGCACUGUUUGGUGGCGUGGCGGUUGUGGUGCCGAUGCUCAUCAUGACACUUCACCGUACGUUGCUGACUACGCUGCUUACAACUUCACUGUUCGUGCUCGCAGUUGGCCUAAUUCUGGCUUGGUCGAUGGAUAGAGCCGAGCCGAAAGACAUCCUGACGGCGACUGCCGCUUAUGCCGCUGUUUUGGUUGUUUUUGUUGGGACUACACUUCCGGCGUAG